GCUUCAAGAGUCACUCAGACCUUUGUUAUUUGUUUGGAUGUCCAGGACUUUCAAUUUUUUAUUUAUCUACUGCGGUUGAAUUAGUACUGUUGAUCUGAUUACAUUUUGGAAGUUACAGGUGCUUCGUUAUUUGCUCGACGGUCUAGUAGUCUUCUUGGGCUUGAGCAGCACUGGAUACUGGAAAGAGCUUUAUUAUCGAGCUCUUAAGCUGUUAAACUUUCAGGUUUCCACGCUCUCCUCGAUAUCCUUAAUACGUUUCUCGCCUAAUACGACGGUUUCCAAUAUCUAUACCAAGAACCUAGGUAUACAACUACCUAUAAUUCCGUCACACCAAUCUACCUUGGAACUUAUUCACAAUGGGAACACUCCCGACUAGCUAUACCACCCUCCCAUACGAACACAUCCGCGUCUCACAUGUCCCAGCAUCUUCUCCCAUACCUACGCCCGUGAUACUCAUCACGUUGUACCGGCCGGGGAAGAAUAAUGCUUUUACGGAUAUCAUGCACACGGAACUCGCCCAGUAAGUACAAGGAGGGCCAUUCUUUCCUCUUACACAUAUCUCAAGAUUCGAAAGAUAUAUCUCAUUUCUUUCAACCAUUCCCCUUUAGACGCCCACUAACUCCACCCCAGAGUCCUCCCCAUCCUCUCCUCCGACCCGCGCGUAAAAGCCAUCAUCGUAACCGGCCACGGCAAAAUGUUCUGCGCCGGCGCCGACCUCGACACCGGCCUCAGCUACCAAACCGACACAAUCCGCACCCACCGCGACGGCGGCGGCCAAGUCGCCAUCGCCAUCUACAGGUGCAACAAGCCCGUCAUAGCAGCCAUCAACGGGUCCGCAGUCGGCGUAGGAAUCACCAUGACCCUCCCCAUGAACAUCCGCAUCGUGAGCGAGAAGGCCAAGAUCGGAUUCGUGUUCGCCCGCCGCGGGAUCGUCAUGGAAGCCGCGAGCUCGUUCUUCCUCCCUCGCUUGAUUGGGUACUCUCGCGCGAGCCAUCUCGUCACCACGGGAGAAGUGCUGCCUGCUACGCAUAGGUUGCUGGAUGGAUUGUUCUCGGAGGUUUUGCCGCAGGAGAGGGUGCUGAGUAGGGCGUUGGAGGUUGCGGGCGAUGUGGCGAGGAAUACGAGUUUGGUUAGUACGACGCUGAUGAGGGAUUUGAUGUGGAGGGGGCCCGGGACGGCGGAGGAGGCGCAUUUGUUGGAUAGUAAGAUUUUGUUGGGGCUGUUUGAGGGGGAGGAUAAGAGGGAGGGGGUGAGGAGUUUUUUGGAGAAGAGGGAGCCGGAGUUUAGGGGGACGAUGGAGGGGGCGCCGGAGGUGUGGCCGUGGUGGAGGGAGGUGGAUGUUCGUGUUAACACGUUGGAGGGGAAGGUGGAAGGGAAGGGGGGGAAGGAGAAGGCGAAGUUGUAAGUUUGGGAAGCGGAGACAGGAUAUUGUGAGGAGGAGGAGAGGUUUAGAGUUUGUAUAUAUGACAAGGAAUCAAGAAAGUGUGAUUUUAGAUGCGUUUCCAUUAAGUCAACUGUAGGUCAUGGCCUUUGACUUGAGU